UUCCGAAAGAGGGCGUUUUAUCUCACGGUGUCAAGUUAGGUGAUGUAAGGAAGUGUUUUCUUUUCGAUAAGAAGGUGCGAAGAAAAGACUCCAUGACAGAAUACAUAGAAGAAACAAAGAAUGUGAUUCAAUCGGAUAUAAAUGCAUCCGAUUUAAGAUGGAGUUUGUUUGUUGCUGCAAGUAAGAGCUAUCGUUAUGAUUCCGCUGUUCGUCCUUUCCCAUCGGAAUUCAUACGUAAGACAGAUAAUGAAAAAGAUAUAAAAGCACUGAGACUGACAAUUGAGGAUGUAAUUCCAUUCCAGUUAUUUCUUAAAGAUGAUUUCUGUUUAAAAGAUAUGUCUGCAGCCUCAGUUAAAUUAUUGCAUUGGGUGUUGUUAUCUGACUCAGUCAUUUUGCAGUCGAUGCCAAAGCAAGAGUUUGAAACUAUUCAGAAAAUAACUGGUCAGUCAUCAUUAACUCCUUCCCCAAGUCAUAUAUUUAAAGUUAAUUGCAAGCUUGGAGCUCAACAGUUUCAGCAAAACUGUAUAGGAAAAAAGACAUUUUUUGCAUUUCAUGGUUCUAGCUUACAAAAUUUUCAUUCUAUUUUGAAUAAUGGUUUAAUUGCUCAUUUGAAUAAAAAUGGAUUAUAUGGAAAGGGAACUUAUUUAUCCAGUGAACUUAGUGUUUCUCUCAUUUACAGUCCAAUGGGUAAUAGUUGGAGACAUAGUAUAUUUGGAUCACAGUUAAGUUGUGUAGCACUUUGUGAAAUAAUUGAUCAUCCAGAUGUUAAAUGCAAGGGUAAAGGAACAUAUGGAAAUUGUCAACAAUCUUCACCAGAUAGUCUAGCAGGUGACAUUCCUGAUAAAUAUUAUCUUGUACAGAAUAAUGACCUGGUACGCAUACGUUAUCUUCUUGUAUAUAGUAACAGUUCUAGGAGUGAAAACAGGAUUAGAGUUCCUAAAUGGUGGUGGAAGUAUCGUUUCACUAUUCUGAUGCUAAGUUAUGUUGUUAUUUUAAUAGGAAUUAGUCUGUCAUCAUCCAGAGCAUUGCAGCAAUUUUUAUGGAAAGCAGAUUGUCUAGUUUUUAUUAAAGUAAUCAGCAGUUGGGAUCAGUUUGCCUGA